AGCCACGUAAAUCUUCUACAAACAUAAACUACUCCUCUCUGUCAUGGGUUCUAUUGGAAUUGAAAGUUCGGGACCAGAGGUUGUCACAGUUGAUGUUCUUGCAGCCAAGGGUCUUAUCCAGACCAGUCAUGUUUAUCUGGAUGUCAGGACGGUGGAAGAGUUUCAGAAAGGGCAUGUGGAUGCAGAGAGGAUUAUUAACAUUCCAUACAUGUUUAACACACCAAAAGGCAGGGUGAAGAACCCGGAGUUUCUGAAGGAGGUUUCAUCUGCUUGCAAGAAAGAAGAUCACCUCAUAGUGGGUUGCCAAAGUGGAGUGAGAUCUUUGUAUGCAACUGCUGAUCUUCUGGCUGAAGGCUUCAAGGAUGUGAACAACAUGGGAGGAGGUUAUUUGGAUUGGGUUAAAAACUUAUUUCCAGUGAAAGGUUCUGUAGCCAAAAGGGAUCUCUGAAUCAGCUA